GCAGCUGUGAGUUGAUAGUUUAUCAUCAGUGGCAUAGAGUUACAGUAGAUAGACACGAUAUGCUAAAUAGAAUAUGUUAUAAACACAUAUUUCCCCAACGAAAAUGUGCUUUUUAAUCCAAGUGUCAACAAUUUAAUAAUUUAAAUGUACAUUCGACAACUUUUAGAUUUUUCGUGUGCCCGAUUUGAAAGCUAACUGACAUUUAUGGCUAGCAAGCUAGCACAACAUACCGUUAACUCAUCGAAUGCAUGUAGCAUCAGCUGCUACGUUAGCGUUGUUAAUUAACGUUUCGUUGGGGGUGACUGUAGUAACCCUUUAGAAAUACAGCAGAUACAAGUUAGACAAAAGAGUCACGCUCCCCAGGCCUGGUUAGGAAUAUUUAUUUUUAUUUAACGUUAUCUAAUUAGCAGUGUUUCUACUCGGUGUAUUUCUAUGCUACACGUCUUCCUCGGCGCCGUGUUUUGAGUGGACCAGUUAGCUUUCUGCUAACUCCACAAUGGACCGUGUCUCCGGCUUUUGCCCGUCAAUUUCUUCGGAAGAAAACGGAGAAGCCAACGGCGACAGCUCGUCGGCGGACGACGAACUAGUGGACGCGUUCGGCGACCUGGCUGCUCUCCCGGUCGAGGUCGGCGAGAGAAGACCGACGUGUUUACGGUGCCGUCGCCCUCAGAAGGUGUGUCUCUGUCCUUUUCUGCCAACACAACCCCUGGAGGUCUCCACGUGUCUGUACGUGGUGCAGCAUCCCGCGGAGGAGAGCCGGGUUCUCCGCACAGUGCCGCUGCUCGCCGCUUGUCUGCCACAAGGGAAAUGCAACGUCAUAGUGGGAAGGAGAUUCAAUGAGGAAAAGCACCCGGAGCUGGCAGCGGUGUGUCGGGACAGCAGGACGCUGAUCCUGUACCCGGGUCCCUCGUCCCAGAGCCUGGAGGAGUUGGUGCAGUACCAGGAGGUGGGAACGGCCAAGCAUAAUGUGAUCAUCAUAGACGGCACCUGGAGCCAGGCCAAGAACAUGUUCCUCAAAAACAGCCUGUUCCACCUGCCCAAACAGGUGCAGCUCAACAGGAAUCUUUCCAGUCAGUACGUGAUCCGCACACAGCCCUCCAACAUCUGUCUGUCCACGCUGGAAUGCGCCGCCGUGGCUUUAUCCAUCCUGGAGCACAACGACCACAUCCAGGAGGUCCUGCUGAGGCCCCUGAAAGCCCUCUGCUCCUUCCAGCUGCAGCACGGCGCCCAGGUCCACCACAGCAAGGAGCACCUGCUGAAGAACGGCAUGUACGACAAGCCCAUGCCCAAGAACAAACGCAAGAUAAAGAGGAUGGAGAAGCUGGUCACCGACCACAACGUCUGCCCGAGAUGAGGCAGCGAGGGGGGGGGAGGGACUCAUCCGAGCAGGACUGUAUCACCAGGGCACACAAACUCGGAAACCACUGGAACCUUUUUUUUUGGGGGGGUUAGAUCAUAUCUGGUAAAUUUAAUUUAUAUAUUUGUCCUUAGAAAAUGAUCUAAGUACAUUUUUGAGUUGCGUUGUUUUAAAUGUCAUGGUGUGACAAUAAAUCAGUUUUCACUGUUUUAAAAACAAAAAACGUUAUUUUCAUUGGGUUUUAUCAAUGCUGUGAUGGUUCUGUUUGGAUUGACUUUACACAUCUGGAAGGGGUCACUUCAUUCACAUGGGUGUGAAAAUUUGAAAUGACUCAAUAAACUACACAAAAACAUUACAGCACGAGAGAAAGGGCAAAUUGACAAUUGUUUCCUACGCCUGUGAGCUCUUUCCAAUAAAUCAAUUUAGCUGUGAUGUUUUUAAGAUAUUUUACAUGUAUUUCUAAAAAUAAAAUAUUACACAAAUAA